GUUUAGUUGGAUUUUUCUUGGCAAAAUGUUAGGAAUAAAAUUAGCUCUGAUUCUAUUCUUAAGCCGGGAAGUCUUAAGUAAACGUGAGAGGGAUCCUGAAAUACGGCCAGGAUACUAUCAAGGGGACAUCCUGAAUCGUGGAAUAAAAUUCCGGAAUGGGAUCGGCAAUAAGAUUUAUCACUGGCCAAAUGCCACUGUCCACUACGUGAUCCAGCCCAAUGUUUUUGACGAAGCUCACCUGGCAAAGAUCUUCGAGGCCAUGGCUGAUAUUAUGAGCAAAUCGUGUGUCGUAUUCAAGCUAGCCACGAAAAAUGAGCUUCCGUUUGCGCUCAACAUUACUGGAAAUAACGAUGGCUGCAAUGCCAUGGCUCUGGGCUUCAGGACGAGCUUAAAUGGGAUUAAUUUGGAGCCCUAUCCGAUUGACCAGGGUUGCUUCCGCAUGGGCUCUAUACUACACGAGUUCCUCCAUGCCCUGGGCUUCGAGCAUCAGCAUGUGGCCCAAAAUCGAGAUGAGUAUAUUCGCAUCGAGUGGGAAAAUAUUGACAAAGAAUAUUUCGUGAACUUUGUGAAUGAAGAUAAGACGACCACCUGGCAUGGCUUUGGCGAGCCCUAUGACUACGACAGCGUUAUGCACUAUGUACCCCUAGCUUUCAGCAGAAACGGCGAGCCCACUAUAGUGGCCCUGAAGGAGGGCAACCACAGAAUGGGCCAGCGGUUUGAAAUGAGUAAAACGGAUAUAAGAAAGCUUAACAAAAUGUACAAGUGUCACGGCCAUGUCUAAACUAAUGAUAUUGACAUGGUCUUUAGCUAGUGAAAGCGUAAAAUAAGCGAUGAGAUUUGGUUUAUAAUUUAGAAUGCAAUAAAUAAAUCAAAAUCCUAUCAGUUAUUUGGGACAGUGAACAUAA